UUAGCACGGGAUAAAACUGAAAAACAGCUAUUGUUCCGGAUAACGCUGAUUAUAAGUGCAACUCUCCUGUCGGUUAUAUAUAUAGUUGCCUUCAUUAUAACUGCAGAUUAUAUAUCGCACGCAGAAAAUCAUAACAAAUUAGGCCACGGUUGUGUUUGUCCAACAUGCCCAGAUGACUGGAUUGGAUACAGAGGAAAAUGUUAUUUCUUUUCUUUGGAAAAAAGGAAUUGGACCUCAAGUCAAGACUUUUGUUCUUCACAGAAGGCCUCCUUGCUCAUUUUCAGUGAUAACAGGGAAAAGGAUUUUGUAAUGCAGUACAAAGGAAAAGUCCCAUCUUGGAUUGGCUUCCGAAAAAAUCCAGAUCAGGUCUGGCAAUGGACAAAUAAUGAAAACACAAUAAAACUGAACGUCAUUGGAAAAGGUGGGGAUUGUGCUUAUUUAAACAGUGAAGGCACUGCCACAGCUUCAAGAUGUAGCAUAGAACUACGUUGGAUUUGUGGCAAACAUGAUCUAUGUAAUAGAUCAAAUUGAGUAUAACCCAUGUUCCUUCCUGCAAGCAACUCCAAGCUGCCAACUUAUUCUGACAAGAGCUGCAACCAAACUGAGCCCAGCCUGAUUUACUUGUUCAAGCUCCUCCACUACUUGUAUUAUCUCCUCAUGCCAGAGGUAUUGCAGAUUAAAACUGACUGGAUCCAUUUAUUUGUGGGAUGCUCAGGUUAUCACCAAAUGGAGCUGGGAAUUUUAUUGGGAUAUUUUUCAGGACAAGCGUUGUUUUUCCUCCUCAGCCUCAGAAUAAAUUGUGGAAUACACUGACACAGGC